AUGUCAUACGUGAAUACGCUCGGAAGUGCUACCUACUGCAACGACGACAGUGAUUGUUCCUACCUUCAGUCCUGUUGUACAGAUAAAAUCUGUAGACAGCAAUGUUCUGUCUGUUCGGACGACUACCAAUGUGGAUCGAACGAGCAGUGCUGUAAACGCCAAUGUAUCACACGUUUUUCUUCUUGUUCCUGUUCGUACGACUCCCAAUGUGCAUCGAGCAAGAAAUGCUGUAAAAGCAAAUGCAUCAGUAGUUUGUCUUCUUGUUCCUGUUCGUACGACUCCCAAUGUGGAUCGAGCAAGAAAUGCUGUAAUGGCAAAUGCAUUAGUAGUCUUUCUUCUUGUUCCUGUUCGUACGACUUCCAAUGUGGAUCGGGCAAGAAAUGCUGUAAUGGCAAAUGCAUCAGUAGUUCGUCCUCUUGUUCCUGUUCGUACGACUACCAAUGUGACAGUGGCGAGCAAUGCUGUAAUGGCAAAUGCAUCAGUAGUUGGUCCUCUUGUUCCUGUUCGUACGACUACCAAUGUGACAGUGGCGAGCAGUGCUGUAAAAGCAAAUGCAUUAGUAAAUCGUCUUCUUGCAACUGUUCGUCCGACGACCAGUGUGACAUUGGAGAGGAUUGUUGUGGAGGAGUUUGUUCCUCAUACUGUGGUUGGAGUGGUGGAACUAUUGCAGGGGCUGUUAUCGGCACAAUUAUUUUCUUUGCCAUCAUGAUUUCCAUCGUAUCCUGCUGCUGCUGUGCUUGUUGCCCGUACUACCGCUAUCGUACACCCGGCACUGUGGUCGUCACAGGCCAACAGCCACAACAACAAAUGGUCUCAACCCACAUGAUGACGACGCAACAAGCAUGUGCUCCUCCGCCGUUGAACUACAACCAGCCUCCCCUACUAUGUUACAACCAGCCUCCUCCAGAUGGAUACGAUCAGCCUCUUCCAGGUUUCAAUCAGGCUCCUCCGCCUUACUCAGGCUGUUUACCAUCACCAAACCAAUAUCCUCCACCGCUGGAACAAGCUAAAGCGGCGCCGAGGCCAGCAGCAGUAAACACCGAACAACCGAACGAGAUCUAAUGAAAGUAACCUGCAAAGUAACCUCUCCAAGCAGAUCACCGUUCGGGUGAAAUAAAAAACCUUUGGUUUUUAUUUUCCAUUUUCAUAGAUGUAAACGUAGUCAAUAUACCAAAUGUUAUGUAAGAUUUUCUAAGGAUAGUUUUAAGAAGUAUAAGUCAGCGAAUAGGUACUCUAAUCAAAUGAAAUUAUACUAAUCUUAGCCAUGAUCUGCCUGCUGUAUAUUUGAAAAUUUGAACAUCUAUUUCGCCAUCGUCGUUCAAAGAAAAACAAAAAGUAGACGCAGAUUUCUUGUGAAGAAGGAUUUUUGUUAGAGAUAGAUAAGUCCUGCCAUUUGCAUUGAUUUUCCAGAAUGAAUAUAAUAAUUGUAUUCUUAGAAAUGUAGUCUCACUUUAAGUGUCAUAUUAAACCGAUCAGGCUGUGUUUAACCGAGUCUAUAGUUUCAUCGACAGUUUUCAAUCUAUUUCCGUUUAUGAAAUUUUCAAGAUUGCGAAUGUCGAUCGUGUCGCUUAGCAGUCAAAUUGACAAUCUCAGUAAUAUAAUUACAUAGGUUAAAAUUUGUAUUAUGAGCUCGGUUUGAUUUACUAUAUUACAGCUGCUACCUUAUUUACAGAUGUAAGUAUUCAGUGAGAUUUGUUGCUUUUUUCAUUUUCUAUUUUUAGGUGAUCAGAUCUUUAGGAUAUCUUACGACAGCAUAUGCUGUCGAUGUCGAGAAGUAUUUACAUUUGUGUAUUGUCACCAUCGUUUUGAAUAAUAAAUUUUUGUUAAUGCA